CUCUCGAUUUCGCGACCGUCUUCGUCCUCUUCGAUCCCUGUGAUCGGGACUGGCACGUUGAAAGUUUGGGACUCUAAAUGUCAGUUGCCAAAGUUAGCGUAGGUAGCACCCCGGAUUCAGUGGUGCUUGAGAGGAAUAGCAUGAAGCCAGAGAGGGAAGAGCAAGACUCCCUUGAAAAUUUUACCAGGCAAGGAAUAGAAAAACAGCCAUUGUUUUCAUUUUCCAGAGCUGGUGAUAGUUCUAGCCAGUGGUUAAAUUUGCUCCAAGGAAUAGAUCAGCCGGGGAGCAGCAGGGUUUCAGAAAGUCCAAAGUUAGAGAAUUGCAUAGAAGUAAGGCAGGAUAGAUAUCUUGAAGAUGUUGAUAAUAGGAGCUCUGAGAUGAGCAUGAGGCCGAAGAGCACAUCUGAUCAAAUGCAAGCUCUGAGAAUUUCUGAUGCUGUUGUUGCUUUUGCUCAGGCUGCUGCAAGGGCGAAUGGUGAGCCUGAAAAAUAUCUUCCUGGAUGGCCGUUAUUGUCUCCAAUAAAGGUGCAAUUGCAGAAAUGUGAAAAAUGUUCCCGAGAAUUUUGUUCUUCGAUAAACUAUAGGCGCCAUGUCCGCGUACACCGCCGGUCUCUUAAUGUAGAUAAGGACUUUCCAAAGAACAGAGAAUACAUUGGUGCUUUCUGGGAUAAGUUAUCAUUGGAUGAGGCAAAAGAUAUUUUAUCACUCGCAGACGUGGCUAUAGAGGAGGUUAGUGGUUCUUCAAUUAUAAGAGCGUUAUCUUCAUGGUUGUUCAAGCCAGGGUUUGCAUCAAUGCCGCUGACGUAUGCCAAGGCUGGCACUUCUCUUUUGGAUAUGGUCCAUGCCAAGCCAUCCAGGUUUCCAUUAUCAUCACAGGAACUGUUUAACAUUCUUGAUGAUGCAAGUGAGAAGACCUUCUUGUGUGCUGGUACUUCUGUUCCUGUGCAAAAGUUCUUGUUCAAUGGAGAAGCUGGAAGAACUGCUUUGGAGAUGAAAAAUCUUGUCGCAUGCACUAGUUUCCUUCUUGAACAAAAGCUGGUCAAAGCAUGGCUUGCUGACAAGGCCGCAGAAGCUUUGCGAUGCCAGAAGCUGCUUGUAGAGGAAGAGGAAGCUGCUCAAAAAAGGCAAGCGGAGCUUUUGGAGAAAAAAAGGAUGAAAAAGUUGAGGCAGAAAGAGAAUAAACUGAAGGACUCGACUCAUCCAGAUAAUAACUUUUGUUCGUCCGGGUCUACACAAGCCAUAUGUGUAAUGCCAAGUCCUAGCUCUCCACCCGAUUCUGACUCAAAUACACCAGAAGUACUACUCUCUCCGAACCCAAUUAGGCAAUCUGACCCUGAUAUUGAUUCUACUCCGAAAUCGUGCUCGUCUGCUGAUUAUCUUGAUCAAAGUAUGGGUCACGAAAUGCAAAUGGGUUGUGAGCAUCAAGAACAAAUUCCUUCACGGAACCAUCCCAAAUCAACAAGAAUUGUUCGUAAUGACUUGGUGAAGAAUACAAACUACAAGGAUCCCAAGGCCAUUUCCCAGGCUAUUGGGCAUAAAGUUUGGAUGCAGAAAACAAAGCCCAAGAAGGAAGAAGAGGGUUCCUUUGGUCAAGUAGCCAUUGAAAAUAUAGACCACCCUAUUCUUCAUGAAAACGCCAAAGUUUUAAUAGGAUCAAUCAGUGUCACACUCGGGGAUAAUAAUGGCCGCUGUAAUUAUCAAGAGAAGCUUGGCAAAUCUGAUUCAGGUUUCAAUGCCAACGGGCACUCUGUGACGCUUCAGAGACCAGUGGACCACCAUGAGAAUGGUGAUUCUGCCGCAGUUAAAGAAGAUAAGAACAGUGAGGAUCAUUCCUCUCCUGAUAUUGCAAACCCAAUAGCCAUUAAUAAAAGCUUGCUUUCUUCUGGUGAAAUGAGGGAGAAAGACAUUGACUGCUACAAAUUUUCACAUGGAGAGCCGAUGAGUGAUAAUUCACCAGGCCCGGAGAUAUUCUCGAGCAAAGAUGCAGAGGCUUUUCUCUCACAGAGAUGGAAGGCCGCAAUUGCGGCUGAUCACGUGAAGCUUGUCCUUCCUCCUGAAGCCGAAGCAUCGGACUGUCCCGAUAACACGGCAUGCGGGUGCAUCAACACACCACUCUCUUCGGAUUUAAGGGGAAGGACAAUACUCGGCAGCGCAGAGAAUCGGAUGGACGGCAUAGCCUCACUUGAAUCAGUUCUGAUUAUUUCCAAGCCCAAGUUCCGGCACAAGGUUGAAAAGAAUUGCAAGCUCAAGUAUGUCCCCAAGCAAACUAGCAACGUUUAGAGGCUAUUAGAUAUUUACGAGAAAAAAAAAAAAA